CCAGAUGUGGAUAUAAAACAGAGUCUGUCUGUGCAAAAGGAAUUCCCUGAUCCCAAAGAGACUAGGUUGAAAGGCAAGGUGCUGCUACUGAACUUUGUCAGAAAAAUUGUUCUUUGCAAGAAGUCUUUAAAAAAAAAAUCACCAUCUGCUCCAGACAUUCACAGAAGGUUGAAAGGAAAGGCCUAAUCUAUAGAUACCCCUUCAUUUGGCAGAAAACCGAGGAUGCACUGGAAAUCGGUGCUGUUGCUGUUGUUAUAUUACAAUGCGCAUGCUACUGUGCCUCCCAGGUGGAACCGAGCAACACUUUUCCCAUCUGCUCAGCGAGUGAAGAGGUCCUCAGCAGCGUUUCUUAACCCAGUGCUUCAGAAGUCCCAAGAUGAUGUGGAUCUUCUGUUUGAGUUUCUUCUAGGAGAGCUGGAAAUCAAUGAUGACCUGAAGAUCUCUGUCAAAGAUGAGGAGCUGGCUUCCAUGAGGAAGACGACGGCAUUUGACACUCUGUGCAAUGAUGUCAUCCCCAAAAGCAUCACAGACAUUCGUAGGCUGAAUGCCAGGUUGCUGGGCUACCCUGGGAUGCUAAAGAAAGAGGAUUUUGAAAGGAUAGUGCUGACCAUGGUAUAUGUAGCAUACAGGGCAGCAAAAUCCCAAGGGAUCCAGAAAGACAUCUGGACUGAAUCCUUUGUGGACCUCUACAAGGCCCUGAAACAUGACUUGAUGGUCUCAUCCAGCCAAACACCAUCAUCUAAAAGGACUUUAUAGACUAUAAAUGUGCUUUGAUAGGAAACACAUAUGCCUCUGCUUGAUUGUUUAAGACUGCAAAAGAUGAAAAGUUUUUUUUUAUUCUCCAGCUCCUCCUAGAGGGUACCUGUUGUAAAACCAACUGUAGAGAAAUGACUGAUUCUAUUGCUUUUCUUGAGAGACUUCCAGAUUUCACCCCAUCUGAAUUUCUUCAUGGAUCUUGGAGUCCCAGCCUGCUUUUACUUCUGAAACUGAAAUGCAUUAAGGAUGCUCCACUGUUCUGUUUUGGUUCAAUGUCCAGUUUCUUAUACAGAGCACAGUUGUAUGCACAGUUCCCUACAGGAGAGAUGACCAUGUUCUCCAAAGUUCUUAAUAAUAAAUAAUCUCAGAACCGCAAAGCUGGAAGAGACCCUAUGGAUCAUCACAUUCAGAGAGGCACAGUGGGGAAUGAACUUCCAACCUCUGCUUCUACAGCUAGAUAGCUAAACAACUGAACUAUUCAGCAGUUAUGCCUUAGGUUAGGUUCAGAUGAAGCAGAGUUUUCUUGGUAUUAGUGAAGGUAGGAAUAGUGACGGUGGCAUAUUUUCCCCCUGAGCUAAUCUAAAUGCUUUCAGCAUCCUGACCUCUGCAAAUAAACAUAAUUUCCCAACCAGCACAAAAUAUAUUUGCCUGAGAAGCAUAAUAAA